AUGCUUCUCCAGUCAGGCGCGAGGGCCGGGGAGUCCCGGGGUCCAGGAGAAGGCGGGCCCACAGAGGAGAGGGCGGAGCCCUGUGCCCUCCUAGACCCCUCGGGCCUCGGCACCUCGGCACCCAGCAGUUGUGCCCGCAGCGGUGGCACCCGUGAGCCUCAUCUGCCCGUGGUGGCCGUUGCUCCCGACAUCACGGCCCCACGCCUCCCCCCCGCCCACACAGCCCAGUCCAGCCAGGCCGUGACCUCGUGCCCCGAUGGCGCCAACAGGAGCGGGGAGCAGGGACGCCAAUCGCUCACUGCCCGCCGGGCACAACGGCCCCCGAGCGCUCACUGCCCGCCGGGCACAACGGCCCCCGAGCGCUCACUGCCGGCCGGGGCCGGUGCGGAGCCCACACCCCUGACCUCCCGCCUGAAGGACAGCGACCCGCUCUCAGUGCUCACUGCCGUCAGCGACCCCACGCCGAAAGGGGACAGCCGUGUCCGUCAGAACUGGCCUGGGGUCCCUGGCAAGGUUCUGGAAGAGCCUGAGAGGACGCCCAUCUUCCUCAUCACCUGUCCUGCAGUCUCCCCGCAGCCGGGCUUCGGGGUCCUGGAACCACCUUGCCGGCGCCAGAGCGGGCCUCUUAGCUCCACUGUCCCCGGAUUGGAUGGGCAGCUGAGAGUUGGAGAUGAGUCAAGUCCGGGGACCCGAGCGAGGGCAGCUGGGGGCUUUAAGACUCUGCCGUCUGAGUCCCAGCCCGGCUUACCUCCCCCGGGCCCUGUGUUCCCCCGGAACAGGGUUCACGGCCCCAUUCAGAACACCGAACAAUCCGAUGAAGAAACCAGCUCUCCGAAAGACUCGCUUGUCAAAGAACAAAAGCGCCCCUCUCCCAGAGCAGCCCCCACACUGGCGGACUUGGGGAACACGGACAACAGCGGCGGGACCUCCCUGGUGCUCCCCGGCUCCCGCAGACCCGGCCACACCACUCCCACAGUGGGCGUCCACGCAGGCCGCUCCCGCCGUGGGUACCACGGAGCACAGCGGGAACGCCGCCUCUCCCCGAAUCUGAUUGUUCCUUGGGAUGAAUUCACCAAAUGGAAGAAUGUUCCAGAAAAUAGCAGGAUGGGCAGAGCGCGGCGCAGCAGCAGCGGCGGCGGGGCGGCUCGGUGCCCGGCGGGCGGGCGGCCCGUCUGCGCGGCCCGGGCGGCCUGCGGUCGGGAUGAGGACUGCCCUCCGCGCCCAGAGCGCCGGGGCCGCCGCGGCCGUGCCGGGAGCUCGAUCGUGUCCGCCAGCGCGGCGAACGGAGCGGGGCCCUCGGAGCGGGAGGUGAGUGUGGCCGCGCGGCGCCUGGGAAGUGCGCGGGGACCGGGGGUUUGCGCGGCGGGUCACCUGGCCGCCCGCGACCCGCCACGUCCCGGGCGCCCUCGGCGGCGCGCUCCGGCGGGGCCGGGCGACCCUCCCCGCGGCCCCCCGACCCCGCUCGCCCGGCCCGGGACGCGCCGCGCCGCGAACGCCAGGGCGCGCCGGGGGCUCGGCGGGGGCCGCGGCGCUUCGAGGCCGGCCUCCGCCCUGCCCGGCGCCGCUCGCGGAGCCCGGGCCGGCCCCGCCGGGCACUUCGCAAAGUGCAGCCCAGCGCCCGCCGCUGCGUGCCCGCCGGGGCCGCAGAGCGGGGCCUCCGGAAAGCCGGGCCUCCGGGGAGCGGGGCCGGGGCGGGGGCGCGCGCGCGGCCGCGGCCCGGCUCAUUCAUUGCGGGCCGGAGCGGCUGCCCCCACCCCUACCCCCACCCCCGGAGCCCGGCUGCCGCCUCCUCCAGGCUGCCCCCGGGGCGUGCCGCCCCCGCGCUCGGCCGGGCGCGAGCUGGCCAGGGCGGCAGCGGGGGCAGCGCGCGGGCCCGGGCGGGUCUUUCGGGCGCACGGGGCUCCCCGCCGCUGCGCUGUUGCGGGGAGGCCACGCGGCGCCCACACCCGGCCCGCGCCCCUGGCCGGCCGGGCGCGCCUAGGGAAUCAGGCCGCAGGGACCCGUGGGGACGCGGCGCCGCGCGGCGGCGGCCGGAAGGGAAGGCCAGCCGGGGCUCGCGGGGACUUCCCGCGGUCACCCAGACCCUGCCCCCGCACCCUGGGCCACGGAGGCAGCGGGGUCGGAGGGACAGACGGGGCUUCGCUUGGGCUGGCCUCCUGCGCUCUGGCGGUGGCUGAGGCCCUUAACUCCUUGCAGACCGCUCUUCGGCCGCUGGCUCGGGACCCGUGUGCCGGAGGUUAUGAGAAGGCUGUGCUGCAGAUUGAGGGAAAAGCCUCCUACCUGUGGUUUCUGUUGACUCCGGACGUCACUCGCAUCCUGUCACGUACGGGCGCGGGAAGCCUCCCCUUCUGGGGGCCGGAGAGGCAGACCUCUAUCACCGCUGGCCUAGGCUUCCCUCCUCCCCCAUCGGUGCUGCCGAGCGUCCGGGACCCUCAGUAUUGGUGGCCUCCUCUCGCGGGGGGCCUGGAGGGGGAGCAGCGUGGGCGCGGGGACCCCUCAGAGCCCCCAGCCAGCGCCCGCGCUCUGGCUGCGAGGCCAGGACUAGGCAGCGAUGCCCCACGGGGGCCGGGUGAGGCCGCCUUCCGGGCACAGCUGGACCCCAGGGACGGCGGCCAGCGCGGGGCGGAGGCCGCGGGGCCGUGA